UUCAGUGCUACGUACAUCGAAAACCAAACACAGAAAAUGUCUGGACGUGGUAAAGGAGGCAAAGUUAAGGGAAAGGCAAAGUCCCGCUCGAAUCGCGCCGGUCUGCAGUUUCCCGUGGGUCGAAUUCACCGUCUGCUGAGGAAAGGAAAUUAUGCUGAACGUGUCGGAGCCGGAGCGCCCGUCUAUCUGGCAGCUGUGAUGGAAUACCUCGCUGCUGAAGUGUUGGAAUUGGCAGGCAAUGCUGCCCGUGACAACAAGAAAACCAGAAUUAUCCCACGUCAUCUGCAGCUGGCCAUUCGCAACGACGAGGAAUUGAACAAACUGCUCUCCGGAGUGACCAUUGCGCAGGGCGGUGUGUUGCCGAACAUCCAAGCCGUACUGUUGCCCAAGAAGACCGAAAAGAAGGCAUAAAUCGAACGCUCACCAAUGAAAUGCUCUUGUACAAAAACGCCCUUUUCAGGGCGACCAGAUAUUUUUGAUAAAGAAAAAAAUUGAAAUUGUUUCCAAUAUGAGGGUUAAUCGCAUCGGUUAUGAAAUUAUCGUAACAGUACCAGCAGUAAUGAUGACUAUUUGCUUGUAGUAAUAGAAAAAACUUGUGUAACGAGAAAAGUGCUCCGCUUCGACUCCACUUGUUUCAUACAAAUCUGAUUUGCAUUCUUUAUUACAGUAAUAUCAAAUAAGAAUCGGUUUCGGUCGAAUCACAUUGUUUGAAAAAGCGAUCUAUUGUAGUGAAGUUGAAAGUUCGAAAACAUCAAACUGUAAAAGAAAAAUUCAAUGUAUGUUAGAUAAUCAUGAUUCCAAUUGCAGUGAAGUAACUCGAAAUAUUAAAUGAUAAAAAACAUUUUCUGGGAUCUUCGGCACAAAAAAAUAGCCACGUCGUAAUUUUCAACCGAUUUUAACAAUUCUGCAAAAGAACUUUUGCAACGGUAUGCUACAUUAUGCUGUUUUGUAAGAUAUAUUGUGCGAUUUUGGGACAUUAUUAACAAAGAACAUUUACUUUCGCGUCCAACGAUAUUAUAAUCACCGAAAUCGAUCGAAAAAUGGCAGAGCUAUUAAAUUUUUUUCUAAAGUAGGAAUUAUCUACCAUGGCUCUAAAUCAAACCGAAUCGACUGAAAAUGAGAACGUAACGUAGCAAUUUUUUUGGCAAAGGUCCAAGAAAAUGCUUUUAUUUGCUACUAAUCAAGAUUGCUAAAAUGUAUAAUAGUUCUCAAAUAUUAUUUUAUGUAGCAUUUGAUGAGAUCUACAACCUAUACUAGAUCACUUGAAAUGGUCAAAAUCACUGUAGCACAUUCUGCUCGGUUACGCGUUUGCAUUGCAAUUGCUAGUAUUCCCUAACAGAGCCGACGAUUUAGGGUACCUCACUGCUAGUCGAUUAAAUUGUUUAGAGUCUUGAGCCACGCCCACAAUCAAUUCGAUGCUAAAAAGGCGUCUACAAUUCAAUAUUUCUUAGCACGUUAAGUGCAUCAGAUCUUCUGUCUGAAAUAGUCAAAUCAUUGACAAUCAUGGAAAACAUUUCCCGCGUCAUCGGUUUUAUGCAAUAGAGACUAACUCAAAACUUAACUUUUUUUUGGAAUAUUUGAUAAAAUAUAGCGAGAAGCGGUGUUAAUUUUCACCACACAAAAACGUUUUGAAAUUCAUUAAAAAAUCAUACUAUAAGUGUAA